AUAUACAUACUUAUGUGAAUCUUCUCUUCUCAAAGUGAUCGAAAAUUUACCAGUCAACUAAAACCCCUUGAAACCCAUGGGUUCUCUUCCGCGUAUAGUCGAGGAUUGCAUGGGUUUUCUCCAACUCUACAGCGACGGCUCCAUUUACCGCAACAAUGACAUCAAAUUCAAGGAUUCUGUCGUUGAAGAUCAACCUGUAAUCUUCAAAGACUCUCUCUUUCACAAAAGUUUCGAUCUUUAUCUUCGAAUUUUCAAACCCCAACCAUCCUCUGGUUCUGAGAUCACCAAAAGGCCUCUGGUAAUGUUCUUCCACGGCGGAGGCUUCUGCUUUGGCUCGCGUACAUGGCCCCACGUCCAUAACUGCUGCGUCCGCCUCGCUUCCAGGCUCCGGGUGGUGGUGGCGGCGCCAGAUUACCGACUGGCUCCUGAGCACCGGCUUCCAGCGGCGUUGGACGACGCCGUGGAGGCAGUGAGGUGGGUUCAGAGGGUGGCGUCGUCGACGGGGGAGGAUUAUGCAUGGCUGAAUGGUUACGUUGACUUUGACCGUGUGUUCAUUGUGGGAGACUCGUCCGGGGGUAAUAUUGCUCAUCAUUUAGCGGUUCGGUUUGGAUCCGAAGCAAGAGAUUUGGAUCCGAUUCGCGUACGAGGUUAUGUGCUAUUGGCUCCAUUUUUUGGGGGAGAGGCUAGAACCAACUCAGAGGAGGGUCCCCCUGAAGAGGUUUUGAGCAUAGAAAUGCUUGACAGAUUUUGGAGGCUUUCCAUGCCUGUUGGAAAAAACAGAGACCAUCCAUUGGCUAAUCCAUUCGGACCUGAAAGUCCAGAUCCGGCACAAGUGAAGCUCGACCCUAUUUUGGUGAUGGUAGGAGGAAGAGAAUUACUGAAGGACAGGGCAAAAGAUUAUGCAGAAAAGCUAAAAGAACUGGGCAAGAAUAUCGAGUACGUUGAGUUUGAGGGAAGAGAACAUGGCUUUUUCUCGCAUGAUUCUUACUCAGAUGUUGCAGAAGAGGCCCUCCAAAUCAUUCAACGAUUCCUGCUUCGAAAUUCUGCUUAAAAAUCUUUCAGCUUCUCACAUGUCUAUGAUUAUAUAUUGCUGAUAUAUAAUAUAUACGAUUGCUUAGAUUGGUGUCUCUGGAAUUUUCAGUUUGGUCUGCAUAGUAGUCUGUGAGAGUAUGAUUAUUUGAGUGAUGCUUGUAGCUUGUUUGUGGGUGUAACUGUAUAAGCAAAGCUAUAUAUAGUGAGAGUAAGAUUAUUAUCUUUUGGCUUUGAUUGC